ACCGGAAGUGUUCCGUUCUGAGCGGCGGUUCCGUUCUGGUCGGAGGUUCUGGUGGAAACAUGAACGCGCCUCCAGCCUUCGAGUCGUUUCUUCUGUUUGAAGGAGAGAAGAAGAUCAGCAUCAGCAAAGACACGAAGGUUCCCAACGCCUGUCUCUUCACCUUAAACAAGGAGGACCACACGCUGGGCAACAUCAUCCGCGCGCAGCUGCUGAAGGAUCCUCAGGUUCUGUUCGCUGGUUACAAAGUUCCUCAUCCUCUGGAGCACAAGAUAGUGAUCCGGGUCCAGACCACCCCCGACUACAGUCCCCAGGAAGCAUUCACCAACGCAAUCACAGAUCUGAUCAGCGAGCUGUCGCUGCUCGAGGAACGCUUCAGAGUCGCCAUCAAGGACAAACAAGAAGGCAUUGAGUGACCCCGCCCCCAACUGUGACCUCACUUCCUGUUGCAGCUUACAUUACUGUUUGUUUUUCUAAAUAAAGACAUGUCAGAUUCUUCAGCUGGCAAUG